CCAGUUCCCGUUCCGGCCGCCGGCGAGCGCCCGCUCCCGCCCUGUCCCUGGCGCAGCAGCGGGGCGCCGCGCUCCCGGGCGCGCCUGGCUCGGGCUCUCGCUCCCAGCCGCUGCGAGGUCUGCAAACCUGGCGGCCAGAUGGGACGACUGAGGCUCACUGAGAUUAAAUAACUAGCCUGACGUCAAUACAUAGUUGCACCUCUUGUGGAGCUCUGGCAAUCCUCCAGGAGGCCUGGGCCAGUGGACCCCGGGCCCCGAAAAGCACACUCUCCGUUGAAACCCGGAAGGAAAUUGGAAAUUGAAGAUUUAGGGAGAGAAUGUUGUUUUAAAAUAUUCUGACUUACUUCUAAAAACGAUGCCAGAAACUUAAAAAAAGGGGCUGCCCUGGGAGGCAGGGGCCCGGGAGGCCGGCCCUGGACCCUGACUCCCCUUCUGCCAGGAAGACUCAUGCAGCCAAAGAUGAAUUUGGGAAAAGUCGCCGCUUGCUCCUUUAACCAUGGAAAAGCAGGGCCACCGUGAGAUGGGAAUUAUCCCGUCAGAGUCUCACUCCUACAUUAAAUUGUUGAAAACCAACCGGGAACUUCUGGUCACUCACAUCCGGAACACUCAGUGUCUGGUGGACAACUUGCUGAAGAGCGACUACUUCUCGGCUGAGGACGCGGAGAUCGUGGGGGCCUGCCCCACGCUGCCCGACAAGGUCCGCAAAAUCCUGGACCUGGUACAGAGCAAGGGCGAGGAGGUGUCCGAGUUCUUCCUGUACGUGCUGCAGCAGCUCGCGGACGCUUACGUGGACCUCAGGCCCUGGCUGUCGGAGAUCGGCUUCUCCCCUUCCCCGCUCAUUCAGAGCAAAACUGUUGUCAACACUGACCCAGUGAGCAGGUACACCCAGAAGCUUCGACACCAACUGGGCCUUGACUCCAGGUUCAUCCUGUGCUAUGCCCAGAAGGAGGAGCUGCUGCUGGAGGAGAUGUACACAGACACCAUCAUGGAGCUGGUUGGCUUCCGCAAUGAGAGCCUGGGCCGGCUGGGCAGCCUGGCCUGCCUCCUGGACCACACCACGGGCAUCCUCAAUGAGCAGGGCGAGACCAUCUUUGUCUUUGGCGACGCCGGCGUGGGCAAGUCCAUGCUGCUGCAGCGGCUGCAGGGCCUCUGGGCCACCGGCCAGCUGGACGCGGGGUUCAAGUUCUUCUUCCACUUCCGCUGCCGCAUGUUCAGCUGCUUCAGGGAGAGCGACGCGCUGUGUCUGCAAGACCUGCUCUUCAAGCAUUACUGCUACCCGGAGCAGGACCCCGAGGAGGUGUUCGCCUUCCUGCUGCGCUUUCCCCACACGGCCCUCUUCACCUUCGACGGCCUGGACGAGCUCCACUCGGACUUUGACCUGAGCAGCGUGCCUGACACGUCCUCCCCCUGGGAGCCCACCCACCCUCUGGUCCUGUUGGCCAACUUGCUCAGCGGGAAGCUGCUCAAGGGGGCCAGCAAGCUGCUCACGGCGCGCACGGGCAUCGAGAUCCCGCGCCAGCUCCUGCGCAAGAAGGUGCUUCUACUGGGCUUCUCCCCCAGCCACCUGCGGGCCUACGCCAGGAGGAUGUUCCCCAACCGAGCUGUGCAGGACCGCCUGCUGGACCAGUUGGAAGCCAACCCCAACCUCUGCAGCCUGUGCGCUGUGCCCCUCUUUUGCUGGAUCAUCUUCCGGUGUUUCCAGCACUUCCACAGUACCUUUGAUGGCUCCCUGCAGCUGCCUGAUUGCACGGUGACACUGACCGACAUCUUCCUGCUGGUCACUGAGGUCCACCUGAACAGGACGCAGCCCACCAGCCUGGUGCAGCGGAACACGCGGAGCCAGUCGGAGGCCUUCCGCGCCGGCCGGGACACCCUGCACUCGCUGGGGCAGGUGGCGCACCGGGGCAUGGAGAAGAACCUCUUUGUCUUCGGCCAGGAGGAGUUGCAGGCUUCCGAAAUGCAGGAGGGAGACCUGCAGCUGGGCUUCCUGCGGGCCGUGCCAGAGCUGGGCCUCGGAGGGGACCAGCCGUCCUAUGAGUUUUUCCAUCUCACCCUCCAGGCCUUCUUUACCGCUUUCUUCCUCGUGGUGGAUGACAAGGUGGGCACCCGGGGGCUGCUCCAGUUCUUCCAGGAGUGGGCGCCUCCUGGGGAGGCAGCAGCAGCGUCCUGCUACCCGCCCUUCCUCCCUUUCCAGUGCCUGGGGGGCAGUGGCUUGGCGGGGGAAGACCCCUUCAAGAACAAGGAUCACUUUCACUUCACCAACCUCUUCCUGUGCGGGCUGCUGUCCAAAACCAAACAGAAACUCCUGCGGCACCUGGUGCCAGGCGCCGCCCUGCGGAGAAAGCGCAAGGCCCUGUGGGGACACCUGUUUGCCAGCCUGCGGUCCUACCUGAAGAACCUGCCCCGCACCCAGACGGAGGGCUUCACCCAGGUGCAGGCCAUGCCCACCUUCAUCUGGAUGCUGCGCUGCAUCUAUGAGACACAGAGCGAGAAGGUGGGGCAGCUGGCGGCCCGCGGCAUCUGUGCCAACUACCUCAAGCUGACCUACUGCAACGCCUGCCCGGCCGACUGCAGUGCCCUCUCCUUCGUCCUGCACCACCUCCGCAAGCGGCUGGCCCUCGACCUGGACAACAACAAUCUCAACGACUACGGCGUUCGGGAGCUGCAGCCCUGCUUCAGCCACCUCACCAUCAUCAGACUCAGCGUAAACCAGAUCACCGACAGUGGAGUAAAGGUGCUCCAUGAAGAGCUGACCAAAUACAAAAUCGUGACAUUUUUAGGCUUAUACAAAAACCAGAUCACGGAUGUGGGAGCCAGGUACAUCGCCAGCAUCCUGGAUGAAUGCAAAGGCCUCAUGUACCUAAAGCUGGGAGAAAACAAAAUAACGAGCGAAGGGGGAAAGUGUCUCGCCCUGGCAGUGAAGAAUAGCAAAUCCAUCUUUGAGGUGGGGAUGUGGGGGAAUAGAAUUGGUGACGAAGGAGCGAAGGCCUUCGCCGAGGCUCUGAGGAACCACCCCAGCCUGACCAACCUGAGUCUUGCAUUCAACGGCAUCUCUACAGAAGGAGGAAAGAGCCUCGCGUGGGCCCUGCAGCAGAACACGUCUCUGAGAAUAUUCUGGCUCACCAAAAAUGAACUCGAUGAUGAAGCAGCAGAAAGCUUGGCAGAGAUGUUGAAAGUCAACCAGACACUGAAACAUUUAUGGCUUAUCCAGAACCAGAUCACAGCCAAGGGCGUUGCCCAGCUGGCAGAUGCAUUACAAAAGAACACUGGCAUAAUGGAGAUUUGCCUAAAUGGAAACUUGAUAAAGCCAGAGGAGGCCAAAGUCUUUGAGGAUGAGAAGCGGAUUGUCUUUUCCUGAGAGGCUGAUUUCCUGUUCGUGGGCUUGGCCCUGGGGGCUGUCUGGCAGCAGAGGCCUCUGUGUGGUCUCCUGUCUUGGGUGUCCGACAGGGCUCUGCUGAGACGGGGCUGCUGUCACCACGCAGAUCAGCUCGGACUGGCCAGCUCCCUGGGCAGCGGUUGCAGUUUUGUAGGAAGAGCGUGCCUUGUGAGCGUUGUAGUUACUGUCACUGUACCGUGAAGAGGCCGUCGUGCAUGUCCGUGAUUAUCUUAAUCUGAAACUGGAGGACUAGGGCUUUGAGCUCACACAGACGCCUGCCCUGAGGACCAGCGGGCGUGAGCUGGUCACUGCUGUCUUCAUUCAGGAGUCGAGGACGUGGUGCAAAGUUGGCGCCAGUUUUCUCGGAGAAAAGGUGCUCAAUGAACAAGAAUUGUUUUACCCAAAACAUUUUCCUCCUCCUCAGUACUUCCCCAUGUGUUGAUAGUAUUCCUACCGUACAGCUAUAGAUACUGAGGUGUGUACAGCUUGGGGAUUUCACUUACGCAGGUUUUAUAGGGAGAUCGUGUUGAAGGAAGGACUCGUCACAGGCUUUUUAGCCCUGGAGUCUCAUUGUCUGCUGACAAAGAUCACUGGAUGCCCUCUUGGCCAGACUAAGAAAGGACGAGGCCUUCGUGGUGCUCGGUUUCCACUCAGGGCUUUCUCCUACCUAGGCUGACCUCCUCAAGGCCCAUACUACAGACAAAGGUGCUCUGCCCCGAAGGAAGAAUAAAUGCCCACCCUCAAGAAGGAACAAGGCACAGCUGGCCCUGGCGGCCCCGCCAUCCGAACAGAAGCUUCUCCCCCUCUCUUGCCCUCUUGAGGGAGGGAAGUCUCUUCCUGCCGUGGAGUAGCUGUGAGGGUGACUGAGUUGGAGCCACGACUCAGGCUCCAGCUGAGAACCUGGCCAGCAGAGUGUGUUAGAGACCUCCUACCGUGGUCGGCACACGGUGGGUGCUAAAUGGGCGAGGGGAGAGUGACAUUACCAGGUAACUUGUUCUUUUGCCAAUUCAUUUGUUAAUAAAAUACUGAAAAUACUCAUUAUUUCUAA